ACGAGAAACAGAAACGAACGGAGAAGUCUAGUAGCUUCUGGACUUGUGGCGCAUUCACUGAGAAACCUCGAGAAACAUUCAGACGCAUCGUCUCCGUUAACAAAUACAAGCACCUCUCGUUUCCACUCUCACCGCUUCAAUCAAACAACGCACAAAUCUUCAUUCUCACACCGCCAUCACUCACUCGUUUGCUUUCCUGGUACCCUUUUCUCGCUAGCAAGACCUUUCAUCUUUCACAAACAAAGUUUUGGAAAUGAAUCCUGACAAAUUCACCCACAAGACAAAUGAAGCUCUUGCUGGGGCUCAUGAACUGGCAAUGAGUUCUGGACAUGCUCAGAUGACUCCUCUGCACCUAGCAAGCACCUUGAUUUCUGACCCUAAUGGCAUUUUCUUCCAAGCAAUUUCCAAUUCCAGUGGAGAAGAAUCUGCACGUGCUGUGGAGAGGGUUUUGAACCAGGCUUUGAAGAAGUUACCUUCUCAGUCCCCUCCUCCUGAUGAGAUUCCGGCGAGCACGACGCUUAUUAAGGCCAUUCGGAGAGCACAGGCGGCGCAGAAGUCCAGGGGUGAUACACAUUUAGCAGUGGAUCAGUUGAUUUUGGGCAUUCUUGAGGAUUCUCAAAUUGGUGACUUGUUGAAGGAAGCUGGUGUGGCUGCUGCUAAGGUUAAAUCAGAGCUUGACAAGCUUCGUGGGAAGGUAGGGAAGAAGGUUGAGAGUGCAUCUGGUGAUACUACUUUUCAGGCUUUGAAGACUUAUGGGAGAGACCUUGUGGAGCAAGCAGGGAAGCUUGAUCCAGUUAUUGGGCGUGAUGAGGAGAUAAGAAGGGUUGUGAGGAUUUUGUCAAGGAGGACUAAGAAUAACCCGGUUCUGAUUGGAGAGCCUGGUGUUGGUAAAACUGCUGUGGUGGAAGGCUUGGCACAGAGGAUUGUUAGAGGGGAUGUUCCCAGCAAUCUUUCUGAUGUUAGGCUUAUUGCAUUGGACAUGGGUGCUUUGGUUGCUGGUGCUAAGUAUAGGGGAGAAUUUGAGGAGAGGUUGAAGGCAGUUUUGAAAGAAGUGGAGGAGGCUGAGGGGAAAGUUAUUCUGUUCAUUGAUGAAAUUCAUCUGGUUCUUGGUGCUGGUAGGACUGAAGGAUCGAUGGAUGCUGCCAACCUUUUUAAGCCUAUGCUUGCUCGCGGCCAGCUUAAGUGUAUCGGUGCCACAACGCUCGAGGAGUAUAGGAAGUAUGUGGAGAAGGAUGCAGCAUUUGAAAGGAGGUUCCAACAGGUUUAUGUGGCUGAACCUAGUGUGCCUGACACCAUUAGCAUCCUUCGUGGACUAAAAGAGAGGUAUGAAGGUCAUCAUGGUGUUCGGAUUCUGGACCGUGCUCUUGUUGUGGCAGCUCAAUUGUCUAGUCGGUACAUUACAGGGCGUCAUCUUCCUGAUAAGGCAAUUGAUUUAGUUGAUGAGGCUUGUGCAAAUGUGAGAGUUCAACUUGAUAGCCAGCCUGAGGAAAUUGAUAACCUUGAAAGGAAGAGAAUGCAGUUGGAAGUUGAACUUCAUGCUUUGGAGAAAGAGAAGGACAAAGCUAGUAAAGCUCGCCUUGUAGAUGUGAGGAGAGAACUUGAUGACUUGAGAGACAAGCUUCAACCUCUGAUGAUGAAGUAUAGAAAAGAGAAGGAGAGGGUUGAUGAGAUUCGAAGGCUCAAGCAGAAAAGAGAAGAGCUUCUCUUUGCUGCACAAGAGGCUGAAAGACGAUACGAUCUAGCCAGAGCUGCUGACCUGCGAUAUGGUGCAAUUCAAGAGGUGGAAUCUGCAAUUCAGCAGCUCGAAGGGAGCACUGAUCAGGAGAACUUAAUGUUGACAGAAACUGUUGGUCCAGAUCAAAUAUCUGAGGUUGUGAGCCGCUGGACCGGUAUUCCAGUGACAAGGCUUGGCCAAAAUGAGAAAGAAAGGUUGAUUGGACUUGGUGAUAGACUGCACAACAGAGUUGUAGGGCAAGACCAGGCUGUUAAUGCUGUUGCUGAGGCUGUAUUGAGAUCAAGAGCUGGACUCGGGAGACCUCAACAACCAACUGGUUCAUUCCUGUUUUUGGGUCCAACUGGUGUUGGCAAAACUGAACUUGCAAAGGCUCUUGCUGAGCAACUGUUUGAUGAUGAAAACCAGUUGGUGAGGAUUGACAUGUCUGAAUACAUGGAACAGCAUUCUGUCUCAAGACUGAUUGGUGCACCACCAGGGUAUGUUGGACAUGAGGAAGGUGGUCAGUUAACUGAAGCAGUGAGGCGUAGGCCUUACAGUGUGGUACUUUUUGAUGAAGUGGAAAAGGCACACACAUCUGUUUUCAAUACACUUCUUCAAGUUUUGGAUGAUGGAAGAUUAACUGAUGGGCAAGGCCGUACUGUGGACUUCAGAAACACUGUCGUUAUCAUGACCUCAAACCUUGGAGCAGAGCACCUCCUAAGUGGACUUUCAGGAAAAUGUUCCAUGCAAGUUGCUCGUGAUAAAGUAAUGCAGGAGGUGAGAAAGCAUUUUAGGCCAGAAUUGUUGAAUCGGCUUGAUGAGAUUGUAGUGUUUGAUCCUCUUUCACAUGAGCAAUUGAGGAAGGUUGCAAGGUUACAAAUGAAGGAGGUUGCUAGUAGACUUGCUGAGAGAGGAAUAGCCAUGGCAGUAACAGAUGCAGCAUUAGAUUAUAUACUUGCUGAGAGCUAUGAUCCUGUUUAUGGUGCUAGACCAAUUAGGAGGUGGCUUGAGAGGAAAGUGGUGACAGAGCUUUCCAGAAUGCUUAUAAGGGAUGAAAUUGAUGAGAACUCAACAGUGUACAUCGAUGCUGGCACCAAGGGUAGUGAGUUGGUCUACCGUGUAGAGAAGAAUGGUGGGCUGGUUAAUGCUGCAACUGGUCAGAAGUCUGAUAUCUUGAUUCAGAUACCUAAUGGACCAAAAAGUGAUGCUGCUCAAGCUGUGAAGAAGAUGAGGAUUGAGGAAAUUGAUGAUGGUGAGAUGGAAGAGUGAAUUUUGUGACAACUGUAAUUAGGUUUGAUGAAUGGAGUGUCUCUCAAGUAUUUGCUCCUUGUAAACCUGUUUUUUUGUCUGUUUUUCUAAGUGGUUGUGAUGGAAGAAUGAGAAUCUAAUGUAAUAGCUGUCUUUUCUUUAAGCAAUAAAUUUUGUUGCUGUACAAA